AUGACGGGACAGUACCUCUUUCAGGACUAUGAUGGAGAAGAAAUGACCACAGCCAUGCUGCAAGCUUUGGAUCGGAUUGCAGCCCAUGUGGAUCCUGAAAAGCAUUCGUCCAAAGAGCUUGAUUCCUAUGGCCCAAUCGCUUUGGCUGGCGUGGCACUAGCAGCUGCCAGUGGGGAUGUCAAGGUGGACAUACUCAAGUCAAUCUGCCAGAGACUGUCGAACGAACAUGCUGAAAAAACCAUGUCAGAAUUUUCAGCCUCCAGUCUGACAAAGCUCUGCUGGGCCCUUGCUGUUGCCAAUCACCGCGACAAGAAGGUCAUGGCCAAGAUCGGCAUGGAGAUAGCCAGCCGAAGCUGUGAAUUCUCCGGGGAAGAGCUGGCCAAGUGCCUCUGCGCCUUUGCCGAGUUGAGAUUUUUUCAUGAAGAGAUGAUGCCUGAACUUUCAGUCCAGCUGAUGUGGAAGGUGGACCAACUAAGUGCACGAAGCCUUGCACAGGUGGCGGUCUCAUGCGCACAGCUGGAGUACUGCAAGCAACCCUUAUUGGAUUGGUUGGCAAGCCGCAUGUGUUUGCGGGACCGGACCUUGAGUGAUAUCUCCUCCAUGGUUUGGGCCUUUGCCAAGAUGUCCGUACAACAUGAAUCUCUUUGUGAGACUGCUGCACAAGAUGCCUUAAAGUCGGAAGACUUAACCGAACAGGAACAUGCCAGGCUGCUGUCGGCCUUUGGCAAACCAAAUCUGGACUAUCCAGUGCAAGGACUCCCUCGGCCACUCUUCCACCAAUCUUUAUCAGGCGCGGAAAGUGUUUGCAAACGUCGAUGA